AUGUGUGCAGCUACUAUUUUGCUUGAAGGAACGAGAAUGGUGGGGGGCGAAGAGAACGGCAAACGGGGCUACUUCUUCACGUACAUCAUCGCGUAUCUACGCGACUUCGCUCUAGACUACUACUUUAUGAGCGAAUCCUUCGAGACCUCUGUUCCUUGGACGAAUGCACGUCAACUUAUCACCGACAUCAAGUUGGCUAUCAACUCUGUAGCCGCCAAGCGCGACGUCAAGAUCCCACCGCUUAUUGCGUGUCGUGUCUCUCAAGUGUACGACACAGGCGUCUGUGUGUACGUGUACUACGGUAUUAACUAUUUUGGCGUCAACGAACCCAUGACACUCUUCCGUGAAACGGAACUUGCUGCUGUGGACGCCAUCGUGCGUAAUGGUGGCGCUCUGUCGCACCACCACGGAGUCGGCAAGCAUCGUCUUGCCUGGCUGCCGGCAGCCAUCUCACCUCCAGCCAUCGCAGCUAUACAAGGAAUUAAGACGGCGCUCGACCCGAAAAACGUGUUUGCUGUGACCAAUUUGCAACCUUUCAAGAACCAAGAAGGGGCUUAG